AUGGCUGGAUUCUUAAUGAAACAAAUGGUGGGCAAUCAGCUGAACGAAGUGACAGGAGGCCUCGGUAUCGGUGGAGACCAGAAUGCCGAUAAAACUGCUGAAGGCGAAGAUCCAGAGGUUGUGGCAGCGCGCUUAGAGGAACAGGAACGUCGUAAGGAGAAACAUCGCAAGAUGGAAGCUGAAAGAGAGAAAAUGCGUCAGGGAAUCCGUGAUAAGUACAAAAUCCAUAAAAAAGAAGAAGGCUGUGCAGCAAUGGAUUUCACCGAAGGACGUAUAGGAGCAGCUAGAAAGACUCCUGAAGAGCUAGCUGCUGCGAUGAACGCAGAAGAUGACAGCAUUAUUGGGCAACUAGGCCUAACUGAACAAGUUGAACGUGCAAAGACUCUUGCUACAGGAGCAUUCGAAACUGUCAAAGGAUUCCUACCAUUUGGAAAAUAA